GCUAUCCGGCGCCGAAAACACCGAAAGACACUCAGACGAAAGAGCCAUGGCGGCCACGGGUGGAGGGAAAAUUAGAAGCAGGAGAUAUCAUAUCGCUUCUAAACCUUACGCUAAAAGUAAACAGCAGUCAGGCCUCAUCAGUCGAGUGACAGACACGGUAAAGAGCAUCGUUCCUUCAUGGCUGCAGAAAUAUUUCAAGAAUGGAGAUGCUCCUGAAGGAGGAGAUUUGGCACAGGGGAUAGAUCAAAACUGCCAGCCAGCACCACCACCACCUAAUGGCAGUGAAGAGGGGCCUCCUCCCCUCGAUGGACGUGACUCCCCAGAACCAAGUACCAGUAACACGGAGCCCUCAACGAGCCGUGCAUCACUGAACUUUCAGGAAUAUGUGCUUUCUAGACCUCCUCUGAGUCGCUCCCACCUUCACUUUACCCCACUGGAUGCCUCCUCUCCCUCUUUGGGAGCCUCCAGCAGCCUCUUCUCUCAGCCCUCCACCUCAUCAGCCCCCGGUCCUUUUUCCACAGGCUUUUCUUUGGUUAAAGAGAUCAAAGACAACCUUUCACAGCAUGAAGAUGAUAAUAUCUCCACCACUAGUGGGUUCUCUUCUCGUGCAUCUGACAAGGACGUCCCUACUUCCAAAACUGCAUCGCUCCCACAGCUAUGGUCCCCAGAGAUGGAUAGAACAAACUCUGGACCUCAGCCUUCCCAAUCUAGUCUGAAAAAGCCUUCUUUCAACCUGUCUGUCUUUGGAACUUCCUCCAAUUCAACAUUAAACAGCACGUGGCUAAACUCAAGCCAGCUGGGGGAUUCACCCUUCUACCCUGGGAAGACCACAUAUGGCGGGGCAUCUGCAGUCAGGAGCUCUCGCGGUCGUCCUGGAACUCCCUACCAGGCUCCAGUGAGAAGACAGAUCAAGGCCAAGCCUGCUGGUACUCAGCCCUGUGGUGUGACCAGUGCCACUGCCAGACGCAUCCUUCAGUCUUUGGAGCGCAUGUCAAGCCCACUAGCUGAUGCCAAGCGAAUCCCAGCAGCAGCCUCAUCCAUCUUGUCACCAUCAACUGAUGGCAUGAAUCUGGAUGUUUCACACCCCCAGUCAAAAAAGAAAAGGAUGGACUCGACCCUCCCACCAGUGCAGAAACUCGUGGUUCCUGCUGCCGCUUCUGUUUCAGGAAACCGUGCAGUGUCCUUCAAGCCAACUUUAACACCUGGAGGGUCGAGCCGACCUCUGGACAGGACCCCAAGAGAGAACACGUCCACAAGACAAUCACCUCAAUUACCUGCAGCAACCCCAGGCCCAUCUCAAAGCACAAGGACCUCUAGCCCAGCCUAUCCUCUGUCCAGCACCCCAGCAACCAGCACUGCAAGCUCUGGAGGGGGAAAAAUCAAGAGAGACAGAACCAGUACAAGGCCCUCCUCCAAACAUCAUGAAGAAGAUGAAGUGGUUGAGAUACCAGACUUCCCAAGAAUUUCACUUCCUAUCAGCACAUCCUCCUUGCCCACCUUCAGUUUCUCCUCACCCCUGCCACCUCCCACCACCUCAAUUAGCCCCACCCCUCAGAUCACAUCCAUUACUCCUGCUAAGGAAUCUGAUACAAAUAAGGGUCCACCAAAGGCCUCAACUCCACCCUGUGUACCUUUUACAUUUUCCUCACCUAUUGUCAAAGCCACUGCUGCUAGCCCACCUUCAUAUUCACCUACUUCUGGAUUUACUUUUAGUGCACCUGUAGCAAAGUUGGGUCCCUCCAUGUUGAAUGGAAAGCUAACCACACCUAUAGUGGCGUCAGGAAAGCCAGUAACAAGCAAGAGCACAGAAGAAUUUGAAGGGCCUUUCAAACCAGCCAAGACUCUGAAACAGGGUAGUGUGUUGGAGCUUCUCAAAUCACCAGGCUUUGCCUCUCCUGUUGCUCAGACUUCUGCAGGUCCCACCACUACCCUCCAGCAGACAUCAGCUGUAUCCACCAUCUCAGCCUCUUCCUCCUCCACUGUCUCCUCGUCAACAGGAUUCAGUGGUUUGUUCAAACCCUCAACAGACUGGAGCUGUGAUGUAUGCUUGGUUCAGAACAAGCAAUCAGACACAAAGUGUGUUUGUUGUAUGACCCCAAAACCCAACUCCUCAUCCAAAUCAUCGGACAGCAAACAAUUACCCACCAACUCGGCUGGGUUGGAGAGCAACAGCACGGACACCACCUCCACCACUACAACCACAACUAGUUUUGGCACAAUAUUUUCUAAACCUGAAGGAACUUGGGAAUGUGAUACUUGUCUUGUUCGGAACAAAUCCGAUGCAGUAAAGUGUGUGGCCUGUGAGACGGCCAAACCUGGGACAGGGCUCAAACCUUCACUGACUUUUCCCUCUGCCUUCUCAGCUGUUAAGACUGUAUCUGCACCAACAGCCCCUGUUUCCACAGGCUUGGGUGGAUUUGGAGAUCACUUAAAUAAACCUGAAGGUGCAUGGGAAUGUGAAACAUGUUUGGUACUGAACAAGGCAGAGGAUACAAAGUGUGUAGCCUGUACAGGUGCUAAACCAGGAGCUCCAGCAGAAGCUUCUUCAUCAGCCAGUGGUGCCCCAGUGUUUGGAUUGGCAGACAAGUUCAAGAAGCCAGAGGGAUCCUGGGACUGUGAUGUCUGUCUUGUGCAGAAUAAGGCUGCUGAUAUGCAGUGCGUUGCCUGUCAGGCAGCCAAACCUGGAGCUAGCAUAGAGCCCAAGGCUUUUGGUUCUACUUUUGGAUCAUCGGCAGCUGGGACUUCAGGAUCAUCUGGUUUUGGCUCUUCUACCUCUUCUUUUGGAGGUUUUAAGUUUGGUACAUCAGACAGUACAUCUGGAUCCGGCGGAUUUAAGUUUGGAACCUCAUCUUCAGAGUCGUCCACUUCUUCUGUAUCAGGUGGAUUCAAAUUUGGGGUCCCAUUUGGAAACUCCUCAUCAGAAUCCUCUAAAGACACUACUGCCUCAUCAGGGUUCAAAUUUGGCAGCUCCUCUGAGGGCUUUAAAUUUGGAGCCGACUCAAGUGAUGACAAAAAGUCAGACCAGCCUGCUGCAGGGUCUGGUUUCAAGUUUGGAGUCAGCGGUGGAAUAGUGUUAGGAACUGGAUCAUCUAGCACAGAAAGUAACUCUAAAGUUGGCUUCACCUUUGGUCUGUCAAAAUCUGAAGAAAAAACCUCAGAAGCCACCAAAACCACCACCUCCUCUGUUACUCCCAUUCCGUCUUCAUCAAAAGAAAAGAGUGACAAUGCAGAAUCAUCAACUGACACAACAUCAACAAAUAUCAACGUGAUCGCCACACCUACAAUCAGAGUCUCUGUAUUUGAUAGGCUUGGUGAGCCAAAUUUGCCUACCAAAACACCAAAAGUGAGCUCUACAUUUGGGUCUUUACAGGCAGGUAAAGAACCAGCUACUCCCACAUUUACCUUUGGGAAGCCAGAGGAAAAGAAGGAAAAAGCUGCUUCACCUGUUCCGUCGACCUUCCUCUUCGGUGCUGCUAGUAAGGAUGCAGAUGCUGCACCUGCACCAGCUGCUUCUGGAGGCUUUUCCUUUGGUAAGCCCAGUGCCCCUGCAGAACAACCUCCUCCGGCUUUCACUUUUGGCAAGCCAGCAGAAAAGAGUGAAACAAGUACUUCAGAGGCCCCAAAGCCCACAUUCACCUUUGGACAAAAUGCUGCAGAUUCUUCUACUGCUCCAAAGCCAGCAUUUUCUUUCAUGGCUAAUAAUCCCACCAACACCACCAACUCAACAACCCCAUCAUCCUCCACCCCGACUCCCAGUCUGUUUGGUGUUGCUGACAGCAACAGCAGCUCCACAGCAGCUCCAGCUUCUUCCGCAGCCCCCACUACUUUCGUAUUUGGUCAGCCUUCUACAACCACCAGUGACGCUCCAGCCAAAACCUUCGUAUUUGGCCAGACUCAGGACAGUCAACCCUCUGCCCCUUCAAGUGCCCCUCUGAACGCGACCCCAGCCCAAACACAGCCCUUCGUUUUUGGUGCUCCUGCCAAUGCUGCUGCUGCCACUGCUCCCUCCUUUGGUUUUGGAGCUGCAGCACCAUCUGCUGCUUCAUCAUCAGCUCCGUCUGCAGCUCCCUCCCCGUUUGUAUUUAGCUCAGCCCCCACUGGUGGUUUUGGGGCUAACCAGACUCCCGCAUUUGGAUCAUCCUUUGGAUCUCCUUUCACAGCCACACCUUCCCAGACUCCAGCCUUUGGGGCCAAACCCAACGCUGCCCCUGUCUUUGGACAGCAGGCCAACUCCACCCCUGUGUUUGGGGGAGCCACUAAUUCUGCUCCAAGUGGAGGCUUUCAAUUUGGUGGAGCGAGUGCAUUUGGAGUCACAAACACUACCACAUCGGGCGUGUUUGCUUUUGGAGCAGGAUCUGGAGCCUCUCCAGCCCCCUCAGCAAACCCUUCCAUUGCACCACAGCCAGGAGCAACUGGUGGUAGCUUCAACUUUUCACAACCCCCAACUUUCAACAUUGGGUCAGGUAAAUCCUUUGCUGCCUCUCCUGCCGGACAGCCAACAAUUGCUGGGCGCAAGAUAAAGACUGCAGUGCGGCGCAGAAAAUAGAGCCCCGUAGCCUUCCCCGGACAGAAGACUUGACUUCGACUGGACAUUGUCCCCAAUGAAGACUAAAUGAAGUCCUGGAAUGUCUCAAAUGGGAAAACGCUGAUGUUGCUUGACAUGUGGAGAGAGCGAGGCUCAGUAGGAGGGUGGGUUUUAGCAAUGGGCUUGGCUGCUUAUUAAAAGGCUGACCAGAAUUGUUAAUGUGUGAGCCCUCGUGCAUUCACAUUAGCUAGAAAAAGAGCUAUUGACUGAACUAUGACCCUGACUUGGGAAACAACAAUCAAGCAAAGACCCCUUAUUCUAAAGUAGGAAAACAAGCAAGACAGUCAUAUCUAUAUUUUACACACCGGCAAACGUCUGCUAGACUUUAGGCAUGACUUUUUGUAAUAAAAUUACAAAGGCAAAAACUGCAAAUUUGAAGUGUUGCAAGUGUACACUUAAUAAUUAGUAUGGGUGA